GCGGGAUCUAGAGCUCGUAGGCUGCCGAGCGGAGUCGGGCGGGCCGGUGCGGAGAGCAGCGUGGUCCAUCCUUUGACUGACUGACACCCGCCGGGGAAAAAGUUACUGUGAGUUCGCGGACACACUGCCAACAUGUCUGGAGAUGACGAGACACAGGAGCAGACCAUCGCCGACGACUUGGUGGUCACCAAGUACAAGAUGGGCGCAGAGAUUGCGAAUCAGGCUCUGAAGACGGUGGUUGGGGCAGCUAUGGCCGGAGUCUCCGUGCUCAGCUUAUGUGAAAAGGGAGAUGCCUUCAUCAUGGCAGAAACUGGGAAAAUCUUCAAGAAGGAAAAAGACAUGAAGAAAGGUAUCGCUUUUCCUACUUGUGUGUCAGUUAACAACUGCGUAUGCCAUCACUCCCCUCUGAAGAGUGACCCUGAUGUCAUACUGAAGGAUGGGGACCUCGUCAAAAUUGACCUGGGUGUGCACGUUGAUGGCUUCAUCUCAAAUGUGGCUCACAGCUUCGUUGUUGGAGUGACCAAGGAGAACCCACUGACUGGACGGAAGGCUGACGUUCUCAAAGCAGCUCACCUGUGUGCUGAGGCUGCUCUGCGUCUAGUUAAGCCAGGGAACCAGAACACACAGGUCACAGAAGCCUGGAACAAGAUUGCAAAGUCAUUCAAGUGCUCCCCUAUUGAAGGCAUGCUGUCCCAUCAGCUCAAACAACAUGUGAUCGAUGGGGAGAAAACUAUCAUUCAAAACCCAACGGACCAGCAAAAAAAGGACCAUGAGAAGGCUGAGUUUGAGGUGCAUGAGGUAUAUGCAGUGGAUGUACUUAUCAGCAGUGGAGAGGGGAAGGCAAAGGAUGGAGGUCAGAGGACCACCAUUUACAAACGAGACCCCAACAAGGUGUACGGUUUAAAGAUGAAGACAUCUCGGACAUUCUUCAGUGACGUGGAGAGGCGCUUUGACACAAUGCCUUUCACUCUGAGAGCGUUUGAGGACGAAAGCAAGGCCAGGUUGGGCGUGAUGGAGUGUGCCAAACAUGAGCUGGUGCAGCCGUUCAAUGUGCUGCAUGAGAAAGAGGGUGAAGUUGUUGCCCAGUUCAAGUUCACCGUGCUGCUCAUGGCCAAUGGACCUUUGCGAAUCACAAAUAGCCUCUUUGAGCCAGAACUUUACAAGUCUGAGCAUGAAGUGGAGGACCCAGAGCUGAAGGCUUUACUUCAAAGCUCAGCCAGCCGCAAGACUCAGAAGAAGAAGAAAAAGAAGGCCUCAAAGACUGUUGAGAGCGCAACAGGACAGGCGAUGGAGACUGAAGCUGCAGAAUAGAUUUCUCUGACAGACAUUGGAUGACCCAAAGAACAGACGUCACAAAUCCUUCUGUCCCAGCUGUCUGAGGCACUUGCGGGCAUAGCCGCUGUGAACACCUCUGAAUCUAACUGAUGUCAGUCUGGGAUGAUGCUGCUCCUAAAUUCUGUCACUCCACCUAAAACACAUACACACGCGCACACAUGUACAACCAUAGUAAAUCUCACUGUCCUUGAGACUGUCUUCCUCUCUUAACAGCAGACAAUAGUUCUGCUACAAAAGAGGAUAUUUUGUGCAAGGGCGUAACACUCACUGGAACAUUUAACCAUUCGACUGACCUUGAGCCUUCGUCCCUUUCUCCACAAUAACUGUAGUGAAAGAUAAGUGAAAAUAAAAUGAGUUUGACAGAGCGGCCAAGGAUGAUGAAUGCACAAUACUGUGUCAGGGUAAUUGUGUGGCACUUAGAUAACUUUGUUGAGGUCAUAAACCUGAAAGCCAUGCCUUUUUGAAAUGAGUGUUAAACUUGCUGUGGGCAGAAAAUGUGUAACACCUGUCUGAGCCCUGAAGUUACGAGCAUGACAUGAGUCAUUACCGCAUUUAUACUGCUCUCGCUUAGGUCUGUCUACUAGUACAUUGUGUACACUUGUAGGAAUCUACUGUAGGUUACUCAGCUAACAAUUCUUAAACUGACAACUUAAAACUUGCUGGUUGAGUAAUUUAACUAGUGACGAAAAGAAUUUCUCAGUUGUGGAUGGUCUUACUCCUGCCAAGGGUUCAGCAUUCAGUCCUCUGGUGCCACCAUCGAGUCUGACAGUCUGUGUUUACAUAAGAAUUCCAUACCUGUUAGAUAUAUGGAUGCUUUUGUAAAACAAAUCCCAGUUUCAGAGACUAUUUUUGGAAACAUUAAAAAGCCACCUGACAUCA